CUUUCCGUUCGUUUCUUUGCUUUCUUUCUCUCUCGCUCUCUCUCUCUGCUCUUGACUCACUGUUGGAUCCAGAAAUGGUGGGGAAUCCGGAGCUGUCUGACGGAGAUCUCGGAGGCAGAGGGGCCGCGGGCGGUCCGCCGGCGCCGGAGAUGCCGUUCGAGGGUUGUGGCGCCGGAAGCGGUGGAUGGAAGGGGGAAGAGAUGUCCGGGAGGGUGGGGAGGCCGGAUCCUGGGGUUUCGGCUCUCGCCGGGGCGAACGGAGCGAGGUACAAGUCUAUGCCGCCGGCUCGGCUCCCGAUCACGCGGGCGCCUUGCCUUACGAUUCCCCCGGGGUUUAGCCCCUCCGCGCUCCUCGAGUCUCCCGUCCUCCUCACCAACAUGAAGGCGGAGCCUUCUCCAACUACUGGAACUCUCAAUUUGUCCUCUGUUAUAGAUAAAACUGUUUGUUCGUACACGUUAUCUUCUGCGAAGGAUGCUUCAGAUGUUAGUGCAUAUGAUGGAGGGAAUUCUGGAGAUUUUGAGUUCAAACCCCAUGUCCCAGCAUCGUAUAAUCUAGGCCUAUCUUCAUUAAGAUCUUUGGGUUCUGUAGGCAUAAUCCAAGCAGUGCAAGAGCCUCCCGUGCAGAAUCAAAUUCGAUCUCAAGAUCGGAACUGCAUUACCUGCAACAAUGAAUUAGCUCCAUUGGCAUCAGCUCCAAAUUCAACUACCAAAGUAUCCAAUUUGCGAUCUAGCCUACCGGCUGAAGCAGCUUCUGGUGAUUUACAACUGACAAAAUGUUCAGAGCAAAGCUCACAGAUGUCUCAGUCUGAUCCUAGUGAACCUACACCAUCAAGUUUACUUGAAAAAUCUGCAGAAGACGGUUAUAACUGGCGAAAGUAUGGCCAGAAACAUGUUAAAGGUAGUGAAUAUCCUCGGAGCUAUUACAAAUGCACCCAUCCCAACUGUGAGAUGAAGAAGCAAAUAGAACGUUCUCAUGAUGGACAGAUCACUGGAAUCAUUUAUAUAGGUAAGCAUGAUCAUCCUAAGCCACAUCCUAAUCGCCGUUUAGCAGCUGGUGCAAUUCUCUCCUGCCAAGAAGAGGAGAAAACUGAUAACUUUUCUUCUUUGAUGAGUGCUGAAGAUGAGUCAACAAGUGCACCUGGCCCCACAUAUCAUCAGGCUGAUCGUAAUAGUACUACUGAGUUGUCUCCUGCAUCGAUCAGUGAAAAUGAUGUUAAAGUUGGUUGUGGGCAAUCCGAUAAUUGUGAUGAGGUUGCUGGAGAUGCUGAUCUGGAGUCAAAGCGCAGGAAGAUAGAAAUUAAUAACAACGAUGCUGCUUCGAUUGGCAAACUGAACCAUGAACCACGUGUCGUUGUGCAAACUUUGAGCGAAGUUGAUAUCUUGGAUGAUGGGUAUCGUUGGCGGAAGUAUGGGCAGAAAGUAGUUAAAGGGAAUCCUAAUCCAAGGAGUUACUACAAGUGCACCAGUGCUGGCUGCCCUGUUAGGAAACAUGUUGAGAGGGCAUCGCAUGAUCCAAAGGCGGUAAUUACCACAUAUGAGGGCAAGCAUAAUCAUGAUGUACCUGCAGCAAAGACUGCCAACCAUGAGGCAUCUGUAUCAAUGGUCACAGAUGGUGACAAUUCUCUGAGCAUCCAUGCUUCAGCUGCUCUGAAUGGUAUGAUGAGGAUGAGACACUUCACCCACCCCUUCAUUCAAAUGGAGAGCAACGCAAUCAGCCUUGACCUUGGUGUUGGCAUCAGCCCCGUUCAAAGUGAGAUCACGAAUGAAAAGCAGCAAUGUUUGGAAAACUUCCAAAUUCAGCACCACCAACCACAAUGUGUUGAUUCUGGUAACCUGGUGAUUCAAACGACUCCAUUGUCAAAUUUCCAUGGAAGUUCACACACUAGAAUCUAUCCGUCCGGAGAAGACAAGGGUGAGGGAUUUACAUUUAAGGCAACACCUAUGUCAUCUGAUAUGUACUAUUCGGCCGCAGGAAAUUUAGUGAUGGGUCCAUGAGAACUGCAUGCAAUUCAAGGUAUCUUUAACGUUUUAUGUCAAAAUAAAGAUUGUAUGUUAUUUUCUGGCAAACCAUGUUCCACGAUGACGUCUUUAUUUGUCUACUACAUUGCUAUAUCCUGCAAAUAUACACCACUGGAUCUUCUUCUAAGCAUUAAGCGAGCAGUUCUCGUUUGCUGUCAGAUCUCUUAAGCUAUGAAUCGAUAUACCAAAUUUUUUCAGAGGCAGGUCAGAUAACUCCUUGCUAAUGUAUAAAAUAACACUGGAAAAUGGGGGAAGAAUUAAGCAGCUCUUUCAAGCUCCCCCCAGCUGCUCUCUGAAGAUAUUUUUUUUU